AUGGCAUACACAACCACAACAACAUUUGCAACUUCUGCGUCCAAGGCUUCGAUUUAUGGCACAGUAAGACAGCCAAGCAGUCGCAAUCGCACGCUCCGGAAAUCUUCCAGUCUUGGGCCUGGUAUCGCGACGGCAUCGACACCGAAUCUUAACUCCUUGUUCAAUUCCCAUUCGCGCGUUGCCGUGCGACCAAGCCUUGCACGCAAGGGGUCGUUGGCGACGCUUACCCAGUCUUCUCUCGCUUCGAUUCCCGAUGCUAGUGAAUCGUACGGAUACGAUACUGUCCUGAACGAUUCCAUAAUGCCUCCCCUCACGCCCGGGCGCUUCAUGGCGGAGGACCUGGCCAUCGGCGAUGCGGUUGAGGUGCCUGGUAACAUGUUUGGCACCGUACGCUUCGUCGGCGCGGUCCAGGGGAAGAAGGGCGUGUUCGCCGGUGUCGAGCUGAACCCAGAAUUUGCGGCUCGAGGAAAAAUAACGGAGACGUUGAUGGGCAUCCCGGCGCGACGGCGCGACCUCGAUACCCGCCACCCCGACCGGCUUUUCCGGCGGUCUCAAGAUUGGAACCCAGAAUUCUACCAACUAUACACCGCCAACCCCUCUCUCCCCAAAUUUUCUCAAUCUGUCGGCCCUGGCCGCGCCCCAAGCCCGUACGGCAAAAAGCCGCCCCGCGCGUCGCUCCCACGGCCAGAAUCGCCCGUCCGACGCCUUCAGAUGACGCCGGGUCCUCGACCCUCAAUGAGCACUAGCCCCAGCAAGGCUAAUAAUGCAAACUCUCGCUAUGGGGACCCCAAAGCUAGUGUGGGCCCUCGAAGCGUUUCUGCGCUUGGUUUCGACGACGAUGAUGCCACCCCCACCAGCAUCAGCCAGGCCAAGACAAAUGGGAGCAUCGGAUCUAUUUCUUCCUUCACGGCCAAGAUGCGGCCGGCUUCGAGGGCAAACAAUGAUGACGAGUUGGAGCGUCUUCGCGCCCAACUUGAUGAUCGCGACAAACAACUCAGGGAUCAGACGGCUACUUUGUCGGAGAUGGAAAGCACCCUUACGGAACUCCAAGGGCUUAUGGAUCAGCCGGGAGGCCCGCGGUUCGGCGGUCCCGGUCCGGACGACGAUAAGGACGCGGCGCAACUACGAGGUCUCUUGCGCGAGAAGAAUGACAAAAUUGCGAUGCUUACCUCCGAAUUUGACUCUCACCGCGCGGAUUUCCGCAGCACCAUUGAUGCCCUCGAGAUGGCCAGCACGGAAACAGUUCGGGUGUAUGAGGCUCAAAAGAAGGAGAUGAUGCAGGAGAUCCAGGACCUCACGUCGAGGUUGGAGGAUGUCGAAUCCGUAGCGUCGCAACUAAAGCAACUCGAGGACCUCGUCCAGGAUCUCGAAGAAGGCCUCGAAGACGCUCGGAGGGGCGAAGCGGAAGCACGCGGCGAGGUCGAGUUCCUUCGGGGAGAGGUGGAGAGGACGAGAGCGGAACUGCGGCGCGAGCAGCAAAAGGAAGACGAGAUUCGCGGGCUCAAGGCCAUUAUACACUCGCUCAGCCGUGACUCGGCGCCAACGGAGGCGGGCGAAUCACCCGAGUCUCGCCGACUGCGAGAGAAGCUCGAGCGGGACGUGGCGGAUCUCCGGGCUGUUCUCGAAGAGAAGACGGGACGUGAGGAGGAACUGGAGCGCGAAGUAGACACUCUGCGUCGGUCCAACAGCAUACAGAAUCAUCGCCAGAGCGCGAUGACGGUGGUUAGCGCCCGCCGGUCAUCGCUGCGAGACUCCCGAGACACAGUGAUCCUAGCGCGCAACCAGGGAGCCCGGUCUCCCGAGGCGACAAAUGGUCACAAGCGAGCCCAUACUCUGGACACGAUGCCCGAGAGCGAUACAUACUCGACAGCGACGGAGAACAGCACCCUCUGGUGCGAGAUUUGCGAGACGGGCGGUCACGAUAUCCUCACCUGCACCAACAUGUUUGGGCCGGAAGGUGCCAAGACCAGCGACCUUCCCCGUCGCCACCACGUGCGGCCAGUCAAGGGCUUAAGCCGACCGUCAUGA